AUGGCGCCUGUUGCUUUUGGACGUUGCACGCUACUCCCCUCGAGCCGCGCCAAAGCCCGAGUCAGACAAAUCUUUGCUCCAGUAUCGAUCCGUACCAAAAGCGAAGGAGCUUCCUCUCAGCCGCGUCACAUUGCUGCCCAACUCGACUUUCGAACCUUUAUCGAUGUCCUGCGCGAAGACGGCGAUCUGGCAGAAAUCGAACGCCAAGUUGACCCCCAUCUUGAAGUGGGCGCAAUCGUGCGGCGCGUAAGCGAGGUCAAUGGUAAGGCACCGCUAUUCAACAACGUCAAGGGUGCCAAGGAUGGGUUGUGGAGGAUGUUUGGAAAUGCGGCAAGCCUACGGGCCCGCGAGGAAGAGAGGUACGGCAGGAUUGCUCGAUCGUUAGGUCUGCCCGUCGAUUCGAGCUGGAAGGCUAUUUUGGAGAGAACACAGGAGGGAAAGGCUCGACCCCCUUUAGCCCCGCGGAUUCUAUCAACUGGGCCAUGCAAGCAGAACCAGAUCCUUCAAAAAGACAUCGAUCUGCAUAAGCUUCCAGCACCACUGCUACACCAGAGAGACGGGGGGAAGUACCUACAGACAUAUGGAUUGCAUGUGCUGCAGACACCGGACGCUUCCUGGACAAACUGGUCCAUCUUCCGGGGCAUGAUCCAUGACAGCAGGCGCCUUGUGUGCCUCGUCGGUUCGGGUCAGCACAACUCCAUUAUUAGGGACAAGUGGCUUGCAGAGGGCAAAACGGAGAUGCCAUGGGCGCUCGCUAUGGGCGUGCCUCCUGCCGCAAGUCUGGCUGCCGCCUCCCCUAUCCCGGAAGGGGUGUCAGAAGGCGAGUAUGUUGGAGCACUCGUUGGGCAGCCUCUAGAAAUGGUCAAGUGUGAGCUGAGCGACCUCCUUGUCCCCGCAAGUAGUGAGAUUGUCUUUGAGGGAACAUUUUCUCUCAAAGGCAAAGCCUAUGAAGGCCCCUUUGAGGACUAUCUUGGACUGCACUUCGAUCACGACAAACAUUUGCAUCCUCUUUUUACAGUCAACGCAAUCACAUAUAGAGAUGAUGCUAUCCUACCAGUUUCAGUGCCGGGAAGAAUAACGGACGAAUCGCACACCACUGCAUCGCUCGCAUCAGAGGAGCUCCUGACGCUCCUCAAGCAUCACGAUCUUCCCAUCAUAGAUGCCUUCGCACCUCUUGAGUCCAUGGCUACCUGGUGUGCGCUCCAAGUGGAUGUCGACAAGCUCGCCAAGAUGAAAACGAACCCUAAAGACUUCUGCAAUAAACUGGGCCGCAUUGCUUUCAAUGAUAAAAGCUGCAUGCUCAUCAAUCGCAUUCUGCUAUUCGGUCACGAUGUAGACAUCACCAACUUCAAGGAUAUUAUUUGGGCCCUGGUGACAAGAUGCCGUCCAGGUCAGGAUGAGUACCUGUUUGAAGAUGUUGCGAGCUUUCCCAUGACUCCAUACAUGUCUCAUGGGAGUGGAGACCCCAAGAAGGGAGGAAAGGUGAUUUCUGACUGUCUGUUCCCCAUGGAGUACGAGGGGAAAAGAUCGUUUAGUGGGGUUGACUUUGAGAGGAGUUACCCCGAGGAUGUCAAGAACAGGGUCAAGUCCAACUGGACCGCAAUGGGAUUUGAGCCCGUCUAG